UUUCCCACCUUGAACUCAUCGUCAACAAAGUAGUUCAAAGCGUCGAGAAAUUAUUGUCUGCGUCCUGAUUAGCGAUUUAUAUAAUCAAAUGCGGGAUUAUCUCUUCAAGUUCACUGUUAGAAAUAUUUCAAGGUUUCCAAUAAAAUCCUGUUGCGUGAUUCCUAAUUACGAGUUAGCACGAUUCAAUUAAGCGCGCACUUAAUAAAUUAAUAUUUGAACAGGAUAAUAAAGGAUUAUUGGUUAAUCCUUACAAAAGAAAGUUAGUUCGGUUUUAUCACGGACGUGAAAAUGAACAAAUAACGAUAAGAGUAAGACGCGGUAUUAAAAAAUAGCUUGGUUCUACGUCCGAAUAAUAUAAUCGGUUACGAAGUAACGGGUUACUUGCAUAAGUGAAAGCAGUUUGUAGUUUUUCAGACGUUUUUUCAACGUCGUGGACUGAAAGUGAACUUGAUAAGUGUGGAGUUUGUUCGUCCAGGUGUUUUUAAUUGUUGUUAAGCUAGUUAAUUUGUUGUUUAUUUGGUGCGAAUAACUGAAGAUGUGUCCCAUAUCUGGAAUGGUUCAAUUUUUGAUAGUAGUAGUCACACUACUACUAUUGUGUCACGCUGCUCUUGUCCGGUCAUUGGAAAUUGUAUUCGAGCCAAAAAAUGUAACACUCCACAUGUAUGAUACCGUGCCAGUGAAUUACAGUAUCAUAACAGAUCCUGGAGAAAGCUUUGAUAGUUUGCAGUUGUAUGUAGAAAACGACAAUGUAGCUAAAAUCGAGGAAAGCCUGAUUAUAACAAACCCCAAAGGAAGUUUUAACCUCACUGGAAACUUCCUGGGACGGACCCAAAUCCGGGCGAUGUCCGUCCCUGGCAAGCUCGACGUUACCGUGAUCCGCAAAAAGCGCGUCAUUGACACCGUCUUCACCUCAUCGGUGGCAACCCUAGUCAGUAUAAUCUACAUCAAUUUCGGCUGUGCCUUAAACUGGGGUGAAAUGCUAAAAAAUCUGAAACGUCCCAUCGGUCCUGCCAUUGGUUUCACCGGCCAGUUUUUAGUGAUGCCGCUUCUCAGUUUCGGUCUGGGUAAAGUGCUCUUCCCCGACAACCCUGAGAUGCAGUUAGGGAUGUUUUUUACCGGGGUGUCUCCAGCGGGUGGUGCCUCCAACAUAUGGACGGUAGUCCUUGAUGGUAACAUGGACUUGUCUGUAACUAUGACUACCAUUAGUACGUUGGCGGCGUUCGGGAUGAUCCCUUUGUGGUUGUUCACUUUAGGCAAAGUGAUUUUUGACCAAGGCGAUAUUCAAGUGCCUUAUUCGCAGAUUUCGACGUAUGCGAUAGCCCUUGUGAUACCUCUAGGGAUUGGAUUUCUAAUUUCACGAUAUAUGAAAAAAGUGUCGACGUUUUUGGUGAGGAUUUUGAAAGGGUUCUCUGGGCUUUUGCUCCUUUUCAUUGUCGUGUUUGCGAUCGUGACCAACUUAUACUUGUUUGAGUUGUUCUCGUGGGAGAUUGUAGUGGCGGGGAUGGGUUUGCCGUACUUGGGGUACUUUCUGGGGUAUGCAAUGGCUAAAGUACUCAAGCAGCCGCCGCCAGAUUGCCUCGCCAUUGCUAUAGAAACCGGGAUUCAAAAUACCGGAAUUGCUAUAUUUUUGUUGAGGUUUACGCUGCCUCAGCCACAAGGAGACCUCACUACAGUGGCCCCCGUUUCGGUUGCAAUGAUGACACCAGUGCCUCUGCUCCUCAUGUUCAUCUAUAAGAAAAUUCGAGCAAGGAUAUACCCGAAUUUUAAAAAGCUGACUGUGAGUAACAGGACGCCGCAAGAACUGAGCAACGACAAUAACAUUCCCGUGAGGGAGGACAGACUUAUUCAGACAAUCUCGUAGAACUCGAUAUAAUUAUUAUUUUUUGAACAUAGUUUAUUGUGUAUGUAGUGAUGAACAAAGCACAGCUUUAAAGUCAACUUUUGUACUUAUCGUUAGAAAAAUGAUUUAGAAAAAUAAACGUUUUUUGAAGUUUUA